AUGCAGCUUGAGAUCGUCGUUAAGCAAGCUGUAGGCCUGAAGCACGAUGGCCGACAUUGUGUGGAGUUCCUACUGGACAACCAUGCUCCCCAACGGACCCGCUGGGUGGACGAUCUGUACGACACGCAGGGAAUAACUGUACAGCCCAAGAACUUCCAGUCUAGCAGGUGCACAAUUACGCUGAGGGCUGACAAGAGUGCUUACAUGGACAGCUUUCUGCAUCUGACCCUCUUCCACCAGAGGAGCAUCCGGGACGACAAGCGGGCCGCCGAAGCUCAUUUGCCAUUCUCUGGUGUUGCAAAUGGAUUCAAGGGCUGGGUGGCGCUUGAGCACAAAGACAAGUAUGGUGGCAAGUUAUACGUUGAGGCAUAUCUCAAAGAAAUCGCCGCACCGCCCCCUGCUCGCCCGAAAGCUGCCUCGAUGCCUGCUCUGGACGACUCGGAGAUCGCAGAGCAGCAGGCCAUCUUAGCUAGCAUCCAGGCCAGCCAGGCCACGCGGUCGCAAAGUGGCCGACUGCCUGAAGCUCCGAGCCACAAGAGCCACAGCCAAGCGAGCCCUGCCUCGGCUUCCCCUUCUUGGCCAUGGCCGGACAACUCGCACAGUUCGCAGCCUUCGCAAAUCACACCUGGAUCUUCCUUUCCAGAGCACUCUUGGCCGGACUGGCCUAGCGCCGCGCAGGCAACACCGCAGCGCCCUGCUCAGUCUCCUGGUAGUCCUGGCCUAGCUCCUCCAGAGCCUGAGCCAGCACUGCCGGACUUGCCCGACUGGGUUCCUUGGCCUCGCUUCAAGGUAGCGGUGGACAGGGGGCAGCCGCUCGGCUCCCCGCCGGCGUGGCCAGCCCAAGCGGGCACGGCGAAAUCGACGGGGCGGCGCAAGGCGCUGCUGAUCGGGCUGAACUAUCCCGGCACAGCGGCGCAGCUGCGACACGGCAAGAAUGAUGUCGAGCGGGUGGCAGCCGUGCUUGCAAGACUGGGUUUUCCGGAAGAGUGGACUCUGACACUGACAGACGAUCCCGAAACGAUGCCGGAAGCCCUGCCCACCAAGCGCAACUGCAUCGUUGCAAUGCAGUGGCUGGCUCACAAUGUCGCGCCCGGCGAUGUGUUGUUCUUCCAUUUUAGUGGUCAUUCCGCCCAAGAGGAGGAUCAUGAAGAUGUUCCAGACAGUGAUGCUCUUUGCCCGUCCGAUUUCCAGGAAGCUGGUUUCAUCUCCUCGGAAAAGGUUUACGAGACGUUGAUGCAGAGACUGCCGCCACAUGCCAGGCUGACAAUGCUCUUAGAUUGCUGCAUUCCAUGUCUAUGUCCGGAGUUACCACUGCUCUAUGACCUAGAGCAGGACCGAUGGGUCUUAGGCAGCCCAUCCUCGCGCUCAAACGGUGACGUGGUCUGUUUUGCAGGAGUAGGUUCAGACAUGUCCAUGGAGGAGCUGCACCAGCUCCGUAUGGCAGAGCAUGGCUUUGUCACAGGCGCAUUCCUCCAAGCCAUGACCCAGCUGGCCCAACAAAGAAAGGGCCCGGUAACGUACCAAGAGUUGGUCUCAGAAGCCAGCCAGCAUCUCCGACCCCACGCCCACAGAGGUCUGCAGCUGUCUGUGACGCAGAUGUUUGAUCCCAACGUUCGGACCUUCCGAUUCUUCGAUGCGAUCCAGAGCAAAGUACGCUAG